UUGAGGGGUUCUUGUGUUGUCGUGCCCCUCAAGUAUCCAUUCUUCAGAGACUCAGUUUCCCGUUAUUUCGCUGGAGAGCGAGAGAGAGAGAGAGAAAAAAAAGAACUAAAUUUUGAGAAUGGUAGUUGGAGAGAUCCUGGACAAAUCUACUUCCUGAAAUAGAGAAUUUUGGGGAAAACAGAGAAACAGGACAGGCAGUAACCUUAGACUUCGUUACUUUCUUAUCGGGCGAUGUUUUGAACCUUGUCUUGUAGGAUCCAGAGAGAGCUUUGAAGAUUCUCCAUUUGUUUGUUUACCUCUCUGCGUCCUGUGCUGCCUGAGGCCAAAUGAGCUCUGUGGUCGCGUCAUCACAGGGAAGCUAUUCCCCUGCAAGGCUUAGCUUAAUGGAUUCACCACGUUCGUGGUCCCUUUCAUCUUCUUUGGGUCAACCUGAAGCUCCUGAACCUGAUUUACCUGAUGGCAAUGAAGCUGAAUUAUUGUCACUGUCUUGGAAUCAGGACUAUGGAUGCUUUGCCGCUGGAACAAGCCAUGGAUUCCGUAUUUAUAACUGUGAUCCGUUCAAGGAAACCUUUAGAAGGGAUCUAAAAAGUGGGGGAUUUGGUAUAGUGGAAAUGCUUUUUCGCUGCAAUAUACUGGCUCUUGUUGGCGGUGGUGCCAAUCCAGAGUAUCCACCAAAUAAAGUAAUGAUUUGGGAUGAUCAUAAGAGUCGGUGCAUUGGUGAAUUUGCUUUCAGAUCUGAUGUUCGAGCUGUGAAAUUGAGACGAGAUUGCAUAGUUGUGGUUCUUGAACACAAGAUAUUUGUGUACAACUUCACGGACCUGAAGCUUCUUUAUCAGAUUGAAACUCUAUCUAAUCCUAGGGGGUUAUGCUGCCUUUCACAUAAUGCAAACACCUCGGUGUUGGCUUGCCCUGGGCUGUAUCGAGGACAAGUCCGAGUUGAACACUUUGGCCUGAAAGUUACGAAGCUCAUCAGUGCACACGAUUCACCAAUUUCUUGCUUCACUUUGACUUUGGAUGGACUCCUCCUUGCAACUGCAAGUGUCAAGGGUACCCUGAUCAGGAUAUUUAACACAAUGGAUGGUACACGCCUGCAAGAGGUACGCAGAGGGGCAGACAGAGCUGACAUAUAUAGCCUAGCUCUCUCUCCAACUGUUAAGUGGUUGGCUGUGUCUAGUGACAAAGGCACUGUCCAUAUUUUCAGUCUUAGGGUUCGAGUAGUUGGAGAGGAUGCAUCUACCCAGAAUGUUGUUGGUCAUGGUCCGGAAUUAGCACGCCAAAACUCUUCAUGUUCACUUGAUGCUCUUAUAUCUUCAAACUCUGGUGCCAACGCAAGCUCAUCAUUAUCUUUUAUGAAAGGUGUGCUGCCUAAAUAUUUUAGUUCUGAGUGGUCAUUUGCUCGGUUCCACCUACCAGAAGCAACACGCUACUCUGCUGCAUUUGGAGCCCAAAACACUGUAAUAAUCAUUGGCAUGGAUGGCAGUUUCUACAGAUGCAGUUUUGAUCCCGUUAAUGGCGGAGGUUUCAUGAAAAAUGAUAACCACCGGCCAAAACCAGCAACUAAGUGAAGUUAUAGAGAAAUGCCAUUUAUAAUUUGCAGCUCAUGUAAUUAUAAGAAAAUCAGGACUACCUUCUAUAAUUUUAUUAUGUGCAUAUAAUGCUUCUGUUCUACUUCAUCUGUAAAUAAUUCCUCGCGGUUUCUCUGGAAUUGUUGGUGUGAUUAAACAACAAUUACAUCUAAAUAUUCCUUGUAUAUAGAUUUUCGGUUGUUAGCCAUGGCUUCAGCUUCUUUUCUUC